AUGGCUGAUGAAACCAACGGCGCCGCGGAGAGAUUUGCCAUUGGUAUCUCCUUUGGCAAUUCGUCGAGUUCUAUUGCCCGUAUCAACCCUGAAGGCAAGGCAGAGGUUAUUGCCAACGAAGAAGGAGACCGUCAGAUCCCUUCCGUCCUCUCGUACAUUGAUGGUGAAGAAUACCACGGUACUCAGGCGAAGGCACAGCUUAUCCGCAACUCGCAAAACACCGUCGCAUACUUCCGGGAUUACCUUGGCAAAGACUUCAAGUCGAUAGAUGCCACGCCAUGCCAUAACUCCGCUCAUCCUCAAUUGAGCGACUCUGCUGUGGCCUUCUCGAUUCGUGACUCCGAAAGCGAGACCCCCAACACUGUUACCGUCUCUGAAAUCGCUACCCGUCACCUCCGUCGACUGAAACAGUCUGCUUCUGAUUUCCUUGGCAAGGAAGUCAAUGCCGCCGUUAUCACCGUCCCCACUGACUUUAGCGAUGCCCAGCGUGAAGUCCUGGCUGCCUCCGCCAAGGCUGCUGGUCUUGAAGUUUUGCAACUGAUCCACGAGCCUGUCGCCGCUGCCCUGGCUUACGAUGCCCGGCCAGAAGCCACCGUCGCUGAUAAGCUGGUUGUGGUUGCUGACCUGGGUGGUACUCGUUCCGAUGCCGCUGUCCUUGCUUGCCGCGGUGGAAUGUACACUAUCCUCGCGACUGCCCAUGAUUAUGAACUGGGAGGAGCGACACUGGACAAGAUUGUCAUCGACCACUUCGCCAAGGAGUUCAUCAAGAAGCACAAGACCGACCCUCGAGAGAGUGCUCGCGGGCUUGCCAAGUUGAAGAUGGAGGGUGAGGCUACCAAGAAGUCACUUAGUCUGGGUACCAAUGCCUCUCUGAGCAUUGAGAGUCUGGCCGAUGGAAUUGAUUACGGCUCCACCAUCAACCGUACGCGGUACGAAUUACUUUCAAGCAAGGUGUUUGCCCAGUUUACCGGCUUGAUCGAGCAGGUCGUCAAGAAGGCCGGCCUAGAUGUUUUGGAUAUUGAUGAAGUCAUCUUCAGCGGUGGCACUUCGCACACCCCUAAGAUUGCUCAGUUAGCCGCCCACAUCUUCCCCGAGAAGACUCAGAUCCUUGCCCCCUCAACGCUGACUACUGCCAUUAACCCUUCUGAAUUGUCUGCCCGGGGUGCUGCCAUUCAAGCCUCUUUGAUCCAGGAGUUUGAGAAGGAAGACAUUGAGCAGUCCAUCCAUCCCAUGGUUACCGCCACUCCCCACCUCCAGAACGCCAUUGGUGUUGAAUUUGUGUCCGGUGAGACCUCUGAAUUUAAGGUUCUUUUGAACGCUGAGACUGCUCUCCCUGCUCGCCGUAUUGCCAAGUACUCCGCUCCCAAGGAGGGCGGUGAUGUCCUCGUCCGCGUCUGCGAAGGUGUUCGCUCCAUCAAGGUCACCAAGCCCGAAUCCAAGCCCAAGGAGGAGAAGCCUGCCAAGACCGACGAGGACGAGGAUGAUUCUGACUUCGACUCAGAUGAAGAUGAGGAGGAGGAGACCCGGGAGAUUGUCUGGAAGACCGAGAAGCCCAUUGCCGAGCUUGCCGUCAAGGCUGUCAAGGCCGGCAGCAAGGUCGAAUUGAUGGUCCACGUCAACGCGGACCUUGGUUUGCAGGUUACUGCCCGGGAAGUUGGCGGACAGAAUGCCGUCAGGGGUGCUGUGCAGGCUCCAUGA